UCCUAGUUCCUUCAAGAACCAGCUGCUACCCUGCGAGCCGCCGGAGAAAAAGCAGCCAUAAAAGGCGGUCGCCGCCACAGAGCUCAGCGAGAUCAGAGAGAGAGAGAUGGGAAAGUUAGGUAGAAUUGGAGUGGGCGUGGACUACUCGGCGGCCAGCAAAUCGGCCGUCCGGUGGGCGAUCGACAAGCUGGUAGGCGCCGGAGACAGCGGCGACGUCAUCAUCAUCCUCGUGCAUGUUCUUUCCCCCAAAUCCGAUCCCAUCAACAAGCAGCUCUUCGAAGACACAGGUUCACCUUUGAUUCCUCUGGAGGAGUUGAACGACAUGAACGUCUGCAAGAAAUACGGGCUGACACCGGACCCAGAAGUUCUUGAUAUCCUUAACGCCGCCUCCAUGACCAAAGGGGUUGAGGUGGCGGCGAAGAUUUACUGGGGGGAUCCGAGAGAGAAGCUGUGCGAUUCUGUGGAAAAUCUGAAGUUUGAUGUGCUUGUUCUUGGGAGCAGAGGAUUGGGACUCGUUCAAAGGCUAUUGCUUGGCAGCGUGAGCACCUACGUCGUGCAGAACGCGGCAUGCCCAGUCACCGUCGUGAAGACUCCCCCGGCGGCGGCGAAGCCUUAGGUUUUGGGCCGCUUUCUGGUGGAUGUCGUCGUCAAUCUGUGGCUAUGCUAAAUCACAAGAAAGACUGUUUAGGGCAGUGAUUCUAUUUGUAUGAAGUUUGACUAGACAGUGUUUGGUGCCCUUGUUGUAUGGUUGGCUCCCUAGCCGGUAGCGGCCUUUGUUGAUAUCAGUGGGCCUUAAUUUCCCCAAACAGUGUCUAUAUGCAGAGAGUGGGAUCCCAAAACUUUUAUUUUAAAUAUUUAUUAAGUUAUUA